CAUCGUUUUUAGUCGGAGUCAGACAGAAAACAUUUUAGCGCUCCUUACACGUAAUUAGUGAGCGAUAGUUUCAUUACUAACACAGUUUCUAAGAAGAAUAAAAACGGUGAUAAUUGAUAUCAACAAGUUUUGUGUGGAUUUAGAUCUGAUGCUUUGAGGUUUGAUUUUCAUCUUUCCUGAUCUUUUUUCAAAGACCAGUGAUUGAUCCUUGAGGCUGAUCACAGACCACGAAAUUUUGUGCUUGGAAGAGGGUGAGGACCUUCGGUCCAUAAUCGGGAUUUUUAUUCCGCUUUUGAGACGACCGCGAUGCCCGUGACGUGUAAUUCCAGUAUUCCUGAUAACCACAAAGGGAUCAAGUGUGUAGAGGACGAGAGCGUUGCAUCAAGGAAAACGGACGCGAGUCUGGACAAGGUCAUCUCUGGAUUUUAGUCGUAGAUAAAAAAAACAAAAUUUUACAAUGAAGAUCGAUAGAAGCAGAUUAAAAAAAUGCACUUCAGAAGUGCCUGCGGAAUGUCAAGCUUUGAUAAGUAAGCUGCGUUCUUGUUCACAUGCAGAACUUUUAGAAGAACUAAAGCAAAUAGAUGCUUGGACUUUUGGAAAAUGUGAACUUUUCCAUUGGAUUGAUGUUCUGGAUUUGAGUGACAGCAUUCUUGAGGAAGCUGCAACACGAAGUCCAGAAAAUCUUUGGGAACUAGCCUGUGAUUUACCCCAGAAUAGAGAGGCAAAGGAAUUACUACUAUGGGUCCUUCAUUUCACCACAUUGCUGAUCGAGCACUCAUUUUCUCGACACUUAUACAACAGUAUGGAACAUUUGGUCGCUUUAUUGUCCAGUUGCGACAUGCAUGUCGUACUUGGUGUCUUGAACCUCUUGUACAUGUUCAGUAAACGUAGUAAUUUCAUCACCCGAUUGAAUAGUGACAAGCGACAGGCAUUGCUUAGUAGGCUAACUCAUUUGGCUGAGAGCUGGGGUGGCAAAGAAAAUGGCUUUGGCUUAGCUGACUGUUGCAAGGAAUAUCCCGAUAAACCAUUCCCUGCGAGUGCCACGACAUUGCACUUUGAAUAUUACGCAGAGAAUUCGUCAGGUUCAGAUCCAUCAAAUAGUAGUUCUAGUAAUGUUAGUGCAAAAAAGACUGGUCAGACAAAUUUUGUAAUAUAUAUUCACAUAGAAAAUGUCGAUAAACUUGGAAUAACCCCUGCACAGCUGAUGAACGAUUUGUUAAAAGUACACAAUGUUCCUGGAGACCGACAGAUGGCCCUUCUGACACAUAUUAGACUAGCACAUAGUUUCUCAGAUUAUCGAAGACGCCUACAAUGCGUGCAAGCUCGUCUUCAAGCGCUUUCCGUGCUUGUUUACAGUAAUGCAUUACAGGAAAAUGCACAUAGCCUCCUACACGCGGGAUUACUCGAAGAAUUGGUUGAAUUAUUGGAGCUUCCAAAUUCACAUCUUGUUGAAAUUAGAGCCGCCGCAUUACGAACAUUGACAAGUAUCAUUCAUCUCGAUCGGAAUCCACAUUUCCCAAAAAAACCAGGAUCAAGAUUGAAUAUGAUAAUUGAUGUAACGGGAGCGAGUUCUUAUCAUGGAUUUCUUCCAGUUCUUGUGCGAACAUGCAUAACAACUUUGACAUCACCACAACCCGAUGGACAACCUUUUCCACUUCCAUUAGCUACGGCUUUAUUCAGUUUCUUGUAUCAUCUCGCGAGUUAUGAAGCCGGUGGCGAGGCUCUUGUCAGUUGUGGAAUGAUGGAAAGUCUUUUAAAAGUGAUAAACUGGCCAGGAAGUGAAUUAGAACACAUCACUUUUGUCACAAGAGCAGUGAGAGUUAUUGAUUUAAUAACAAAUAUCGAUAUGCAAGGAUUUCAAGCACAUUUUGGUUUGAAUAGCUUUAUAAAACGUCUUGAUAUGGAAGUGAAUGUAUGUCGUAAAGAACAACCAUUUGAAAUUGAACCACAAGAUAUUGUAAUAACAAGCGAUCCAAUUAAUCAAACUGCCGAAACAUCAACAACACGAAAUGAAGCCGAUGCUUCGAAUUCAACGAAUGAACCAUUCGAGGAACGUGAAGAGACAUCAAAUCCUAUGGAAUUCUCAGAAGAUGAGACAAUGAUUAAGACUGAAGAAAAAUCUGAACAGCAACAACCUCAACAGCAACAACAACCUGAUUAUUCGGCAGCUAAAAGUGGAAAAACAUGUUUACCACAACGUGCCGCUUUAUUAAAAUCAAUGUUGAAUUUUUUGAAAAAAGCUAUUCAAGAUCCAACAUUUUCUGAUAGUAUACGACACGUUAUGGAAGGAACAUUACCAUCAUCGUUGAAACAUAUUAUCAGUAAUUCGGAAUAUUAUGGACCAUCACUUUUUUUACUUGCCACUGAUGUUGUUACUGUUUAUGUUUUUCAAGAACCGUCCCUGUUGUCAACAUUACAGGACAAUGGCCUUACAGAAGUUGUUCAGCAUGCAUUGCUUAUUAAAGACGUUCCUGCCACUAGAGAAGUUUUAGGAUCAAUGCCAAAUGUCUUUAGUGCAUUGUGUUUAAAUACACGUGGACUUGAAUCAUUUUCUAAACGUCGACCAUUUGAACGUCUAUUUAAAGUACUUCUUUCACCUGUCUAUUUAUCAGCAAUGCGACGACGUCGUAGCGUUGAACCACUCGGUGAUACGGCAACAAAUUUAGGCAAUGCAAUGGACGAAUUAAUGAGACAUCAACCAAGUUUAAAAACCGAUGCAAUUUCAGCAAUUGUUAAAUUAUUGAAAGAAUUAUGCGUUCUUGGUUGUGAUCCACGUUAUAUUUGUUGGCGUGCGGCAAAUAAAACAGAUAAUUCACCAUCACAUACAAAUUCAACAAAUCGACAAUCACCAGGACAAUCGGUAGGUGUUGGAGUUGGUGAUACGAAUAGUAAUCGUGGUGGUGGCGCUGGAAGUAGUAGCGAUGAAGAGGAGGAAGAUGAGGAAGAAGCAAGUACAAGUUCACAUCCACAACGUGAAGAACAACCAUCACCAUCGCCAGCACAACCUGGACCACCACCUCAACCAAGAGAAAAAACGCCAAUUGCUUUAGUCGAUUAUAUUCAUAAUGUUAUGAAAUUUGUCGACGCUAUUUUAAGCAAUAAUUCAACUGACGAUCAUUGUCGUGAAUUUGUCAAUCAAGAUGGACUCGUUCCAUUAUUAUCGAUUCUUGGCUUACCCAAUUUACCAGUUGAUUAUCCAGUUGCACAAGCUGCACAGGCUGUUGCUUCCGUUUGCAAAAGCAUUCUCAAUCUUGCACAUGAGCCGCAAGUGUUAAAAACUGGAUUAUCACAAUUGAAUGAUGUUUUAAAUUUAUUGAAACCACUUCACAGUCACAUGGAGGCACCAGGUGGUUCAGUUUUAUUACAUGAACUUGCAUCAGCACCAAAUCUUGAGACAGCGUUCACUAGUGAUCUCGCGACACCUCUUCUUCAUGCAAUGAAUGCAGCGCACGGUUAUGUUGUGCUUUUUGUACACGUUUGUCGUACAAGUCAAAGUGAAAUUCGCAAUUUAUCAAUGAAUCAUUGGGGUUCGGAGUUGGGUUUAACAGUGUUGAAAGGACUUUCUGAAUUGUAUAUGUCACUUGUUUGGGAGAGUACCCUAUUGCUUGCAUUAUGUAGCGAUGAUAAUAUUCCCGCUGGUUGUGAUUUUGGAAAAGAAGAUAUGGAUAAAUUAAUACCACCUGAAUUACGCGCUGAAGGUGAUAGUACAACAUCAUGGUCGGGUGUAUCAGAUAUGGGAAGUAAUGGAAUGACAACGGCAAUGGAAGCAUUGAGUACCGAUCCACCGCCAGUUUCAAUGGAAGUUGAUGAUAAACCAAGUACCAGUAGUAGCACAACUGGACGAACAUCGCCAAGUACACAUCAAUUGAAAUAUAUUAAACCACUUCUUGGUGCUUCGUCACGAUUGGGACGAGCGUUGGCUGAACUUUUUGGACUUUUAGUGAAACUCUGUAUGGGUUCGCCAAUGAGUCGACGACGUGGACAACAAAUUCCAUUGACACCAGCUAUUCCAUCGCAAGCUGCAAGAAGUGUUGCAACUGCUCUCAAUUGUUUAUUAAUGCGUGGUUUAUCAUGGGAUAAAUUGCCACCGUCACCAAUUCCUAAAUUUAAAUUGACAUUCCUAAUUUGUUCAGUUGGUUUCACAUCGCCAAUGCUUUUUGAUGAGAAACGUCAUCCUUAUCAUUUAAUGUUACAAAAAUUUGUCAAACUUGGAGGACAAGAUGCAUUCUUUGGAACAUUUCGUUGGGCACUAUCGGGUGGUGGACAAUUUCCUCUUACUGAGGGUCUUGAACAUCCUAAUUUACCCGAUGGCACUGGUGAAUUUCUCGAUGUUUGGCUAAUGCUUCUUGAAAAAAUGGUUAAUCCAAAGGCAAUUCUUGAUUCACCACAUGUUAUUUCGUCAAAAUGUACAGGUGUUUAUAAAGUUUAUGAAGCAUUUGAUCCAAAUAAAUAUCUUCAGGAUAUUCAUAAAAAGGCCUUUGAAGCUGUUAUGUUAAUGUGGGGUAAGAAACCAUUAAAAAAUUAUGGUGCAAGAAUGACGGAAUCAAUUCUAUCGAUAUUGAGACAUAUUUUACGUGGUGAGAAAAUAAUAAAGGAACGUGCCGAAAAGGAGGAGAAUUCUGAAGCAUCAGGUUCGGGAAGUGGUACGGGUUCAAGAAAUGGUGGUAAUGCUGAUCGUGGUGAUUUACCGGAAACAAUUGUUAAUCGUGAUCAUUUGAGACAAUUGAUGGAUAUGGGAUUUAGUAGAAGUCAUUGUAUUGAGGCACUUUUGCAUACUGUUACAUUGGAACAGGCUACUGAUUAUUUACUAACAAAUCCAGCUACUUUGAGAAGAUCCGAUGUCCCAGCGGGUGAUGCCAGUGGACAGGGUUUAAUGAUGGAUUUAGAAUUGGCUGACGAUGAUCAAAUGAUGCAUGCAAUUGUCAUGUCUCUUGGUGAUAGUGAUACAAAAACGGUAACAGUACCAGAGGAGCCAAUUUGUGAUGUUCCAGUGUCGGAGAGUAUCAAUAAAUUUACCCGAUCCGCAUUAGAUCAGUGUCUAAAUCUUUUGGAUUUAAUGCCCGAUACGGUUUAUCGAAUUUGUGAUUUACUUGUCACUGUGACGAAAAGAAAUGGUGAGGCUUGGAGGGACAAUAUGUUGCGUCAAUUGAUUUAUGAUAUUCGACGUUUGGUGUGUUUUUUGAUUGAAAUUUCUGAAAGUCAAGAUGAAGAUGCUGGAACACGUCUUGUUGAAUGUAAUGAGGCUAAUGAAGUUGCUGGAAGAAUUUAUCUCUAUACAUUAUUUUUUGAGGGAAAUAUUCAAGAGAUGCGUGUACCUUGUGCACAAAUUGUUGAGGAAUGUGGAAUUUUACAAAAACUUGUGCAACUUUUAGUGAUGAGUGAAGGUCCAUUGACAGCGGCUAAAAAUAAAGCAGUAAAAGAGAGUAAAGAUGCGGUUUUGUCGGUUAAAACACCAAAAUGGCUUGCACCUUUAUUACUUUUAAUUGAUCGAUUAGAAAAAGUUGCUGUAUUGAUGCAGAGAAAACAAUUAAUGCAAAAAGUGACAAAUCCAGUUUGGAAAUGGUUUGAUCUCAAUACUGGUAAGUGGAUGGUUUAUUCGGCUGCCAACAAUCAUACAAUCAAUGAAGCAUACAUGGCUGGAGAGAGUCAGGUGAGAAUUUCCUACAGUCGAAGACGAUAUCUUAUUACUUUCUCGUGUAUGACACAAUUAAAUGAAGAGACAGAGAAUAGACGACCAAUUACAAUGUCUUUUAAGAAAAUUGGAUCAAACGAGGAAACUGAUUCGAAUAUGGAUACCGAGGAGAGUCCUGCGGAAAAUAAAGACAAAGAAAAGGAAAAAGAGAAAGAAAAAGAUAAGGAGAAGGAGAAGAAUAAAAAUGUUCAGAUUCAAGGACUUGAUCCGAGUAUAACACCGAGUAUCGUUCAAGCUUGCGUUAAAUUGUUGGCAAUUCCAGUUGAUCGUGAUGCGUUACAUGCUUUAAUGAAAGUCUGUUUACGAUUGACUCGUGAUUUUAAAAAUGCCGAGGUCUUUGCUCGUGAGGGUGGUGUUCGUCUAUUGUUGGACAUGACACAGGCGAGUAAUUUCAUUGGAUGCAUUAAUCUCAGUACACUUUUGAUUCGUCACACUCUUGAGGAGCCAAGGACACUUCGUCUUGCUAUGGAAAAAGUAGUACGCAGUCGAACACAGUCGAAUAUUCCACCGGCUUAUAAGGAAAUUUUAUUCAUGACUCGACAAAUUAGCAGUGCUGUUUGUAGAGAUCCGGAAGUUUAUCGUGAAGUAUGUGAACAUAUUUUACGUGUUGAUGUUAGUGUUUUAAAACGUGAUGAUGUUGACAAUAGAUUGGUAGUGAAGGCAUUGCCACCAGUUCAAUCUUCAGCAACGCCAAUGACCGAAGAUAUUUCCAUUGGUGUUAUUCAUGAUUUAUUGAAUGCUCUCAUUAAACCAAUGCCCGUAUUACCAGAGGACAGUUCAGCAUCGCCGGCUUUUAGUCCUGAGAAAAAAGCCUCAACAACAGCAACCACAACGUCAACAUCAGCACCAACUUCGACUUCCACAUCGAGACGAGACAUUACAAGAAAUACCGUUGCAACAACAAGCGAUCCACUCGACGAUGAUGAUCAAGUAUCACAAAUUAUUCCCCUCAAAAUGUACACCGAUAUGGGCAACAAUACCAAAGUUGAACCCGAGGAAGCGAAAAAGCCCCUUUUGCAAAAAUCGGCAAUUCUAAAAAUGCUCGCUGAAGCCGUAAGAUCAUACGGCGCCGUUGCUAAUUUAAUAACCGAAUAUACAUAUCGUGCCGGUCAAAGUGAAAUGAUCACUGAAGAUACCACCGCACUGGCUUUCUUACUCGAUAAACUUUUACCAAGUUUACCAGAAAAUUGGAGCGAUCGACAAUGUGGUACAAUGGCAAGAAUGUUAAUUGCCGCUAUUGCCUCCUGUAAUCAUUCACCUGAAGCGCAAAGUACUCUCGUCUCGGAAGUAAAAGCCGCAUUGAUACGAACACUCGCUGUACCUGAGAGUUCAGCAAAACAUUCACAAUUACAAAUUCUCAUUGGAUUAAUAUCGACAAUGAUUGACAGUUGUCCGCCGACAUCACACACGCAAUUGCGUGCCUCACUUAAAGUUCAUCAAUACAAUAAUGUCAAUUAUAUUGUGAGAAUAAUGUUAAAAAAAGGUAUAAUCACUGAUUUAGCGAAAAUACCCCACAGUCUUGAUCUCUCAAGUCCCAAUAUGGCAGUGACAAUAAAUGCUGCAUUAAAACCUCUCGAGACAUUGUCACGAAUUAUUAAUCAACCAAUGCCAGGUGCAGUUAAUAAUAAAUUCACAAAACCAAAGAAUAGAACAACACAAGAGGAACAAGUUGGUGAACAAUCGGGAACAACAACAUCAGAAGCAACACAUGCAGUUGGCGAGGAAGUUAAUGAAGAUGCAGAAAAUACUGAGCAUGAUAUUUCAGUCACUGCUGAAAGUUUAGAACCAACUUCCGAGGGACAGGGACAUGAAGGUGAUGAAGCAGCGCUCGAGGAUAUAAUGGAUCAACUUUUGGAGAGUGUCCUCUAUUCUAGAAACGGCUCGGCCGUUGCCGAGGAACCAACAUCCCGUUCACAUAGACCAAUGGAUAUUGAUGAUGAGAGUCUCGCUUUACGUGACAACGAAGGAGACUUUGAUCCAACUCGUGACACCACCGUAAGAGAAGAAUUAAUGAGUUCAGAUUCAGAUUCAGAAAGUAAUCCAUCCGAAGACAAUGAGGAUGAGGUUCAAGAUGAUGAUGACGAAGAAGAGGAGGAGGAAGACGAUGGUGAAGAAAAUGAGGAAGAAGAAGAGGAGGAAGAGGAGGGUUCAUCAAACUAUGAAGAAGAUGGUAUUGAUUUUUACGAAGAUGUCGGAGAAAGUGUUUUCCGAAUGUUACCAUCGUCAGAACGUGAUGUGAGCAAUGUGGUAAUGAUACAACACAAUUUUGGUAAUGAAGGUUCCGAUCAUCCAGCAGCACCAACUGGAAGUAGACAAGGUCUUACAUGGGGUGGAAAUAUGCCUUUACCAUUGGGAUCAUUCGAAGAACCAUCUUCUGUUUCAGCAAGCAACGCUUCGUUUAAUUCGCGGAGAAGAGUGGACGGUUCUUUACUGCUUUCUCGUAUUUUAGGUAUAAGCCUGCAGCCUUUGCUAAUGGCGCAAAACAGUUUGGAUCCAAGCAAUUCACGACUACCGAGGGCAUUUCGCCAACGCAGGUAUCAGUACCUCCAUGUACCGAACCCGCGCAAUCCCAAUCCUCCUGUAAUUUUGCAAAGACUUUUAGGACCAGCAGCCCAAUCACUUCCAUUGUCCGCUAGUCAAGUAUUGGCAUCAAGUUUACGUGAUACACGUGUUCUUGUUAUGGACAGUACACUUGGAAUAUUCACCAAUCAAGAUGAAGAACAGGUUGAUUUUGUUGAUCAAUCUGGAUAUUUAUAUGGACCUAGUUUAGCCGCUACUUUAAAUAAUAUUCCAACAACUUUACAUUGGUGGAUAGAGGAAAGUAAAUUGUUGGAUGGAGACUCGCAACCAGACUGCUGUGUUGGUGUUGUACAUAAAUUGAUACCCGAUUUGGAGAAACGUCGAAACGCUGAAUUGGCCGAAAGGAAAAAGCGGAAAAAGCAACAGGCAGCCGAUGAGGAAGCUGCAAAGAACAAGAAUAAAGACAAGGAUAAACCAACAUCCACUGAACCUGAAGCGUCGACAACAAUGACUGAAGAGCAAACUGCGACCACUUCGACAACAUCGGAAGCAACGACAGUUGAAGCGACUGUUGAAGCAAUAAGAACCGAUCAAACACCCGAGGAAGAUAUUAUUGAAGUUACCGGUGAGAUGGAAGUGACAGUUCAAGAUGAAGAGGAACGACCACCGCCACCUCUGCCAACAACAGUUGUUGAUCCAACAACAGUUGAAACAAAUCGCGAACGUGUUUCGGCAAGACUCAGCGCCACAUUGGAAUUAGCUGAGUCAAUUGUUGACUCAGUUCUUGGACCAAGUGCCUCUGAAGCUACACGAUUACAAAGACAAUCGGAGCGUAAUUCUGAAGAUACAAAUCUCUCUGAAUCGUCGACUGAUCGUAAUCUUAUUGAUUUUACACCGGAAACGAACGUUGAAUUGUCACGUGAGAAUAAUGAUUGUCGCGAUUGGGUUAGAAGACUUUUUACCGACGUUAAUCAAGGUAGUGUUGAGAGAAAUGCGAAUGUUGUUAAUCAGGAAGCAGCUUCAUCAACAACUGAAAAUAAUGCACAGGAAGCAGUUGAAGAACAACAGGAAGCACAAGCACAAGCUCCAGCAGUACAGGAAGAAGUACAAGCGGCACAGGAACAACAAUUACCAGACGGUGUUGAUCCAUCGUUUCUUGCUGCAUUACCUGAGGAGAUGCGCGAUGAAGUAAUUGCCGAACAAAUGAGACUUCAACGAUUACGUCAAAGAACAACAUUAUCAGUUGCUGAGGAAUUAGCAGGACCAGUUGAAGUAAAUCCAGAAUUUUUAGCAGCACUUCCACCAUCGAUUCAGGAGGAGGUUUUGGCGCAACAAAGACUUGAACAACAACGUCACGCUGCUGCAUCGGCAAAUCCUGAGGAUCCUGUGGAUGCUGCGGCUUUUUUCCAAAAUUUACAACCAUCAUUGCGACAGGCAAUUUUAACCGAUAUGGAAGAAUCACAAAUAUCUGUUUUGCCACCUGAUUUAGCGCAAGAGGCACAAAGUUUAAGACGCGAAUGGGAGGCACGUAAUCGUCAUAUUAUGCAAGAACGUUUUCUCAAUCAUGUGAGUCAGGGAAGUACGGCAUUGUCGAGUAUAUUGAGAAGUUCAAGUCGUGGUCGUGGUGGUAAUGCAAGAAUAUCAAUUCACGCGAUGCCACAACGUGCACAGUGGAAUUCGUGGAAUUCACGCGGUGACACUUGUAUGACACAUCAACACACUGGCGCUGGUUUACGUUUACGUGGUCGUCAAUUACUCGAUCAUGAAUCAAUGGCGUGUCUUCUUGUUCUUCUAUUUGUUGAUGAGCCAAAAAUUAAUACACUACGUUUACAUAGGGUUAUAAGAAAUCUCUGUUAUCAUGGAAGUACACGUGAAUGGGUUGUCAAGGCACUGCUUGGAAUACUUGAGAGAAGUAAUGAUGAAAAUAAAGAUGUUCUUGCUGAUUUUAUUGGUAAAUUCAAAAGAAAAGGUACAUCGCACACCGCCAUUGAAUAUUGUUCACCGAAAAUCGAUAAUCGAAGUAAUGCACAAUCAUGGUUGAAUAUUAGUAUUGACGCGGCACUUGGUUGCCGAGCAAAUGUCUUUCAUAUAUUGAGACACGGUGGUAAAAAAUCAGAUCGACAAGGUGGACAUAAUAUUGCAAUUCAUCCACAAGCAGCGCCAACUGUUUGUCGACAUACCUUGGAAUUACUUAUUUCGUUGGCCAAAAGUUUCCCGGGUUAUUUUGUGCCUUUGAAAUCAAAAGACGCUGAGGAGAAGGAAAAGGAAAAAGAAAAGGAGAAGGAGGCAAAUUUAUUGAAACAAGAAGAGAGUGGAGCUAAAUCGAAAACACCGGCAAAAACUGGCAAAAGUGACUUACCUGAUUUUUGGGAUAUGUUAUUGAGGCUUGAUUCGUGUGCAUCGAAAAAAGGUAAAUCAGUGGCGCGUACACAUUCGAGUUCAAAUCUUGGUACUGAACCAGAACAGGGUACAACAACAUUUGAGGCAUCAGCUUUUGGACAAUUAAUAUCGAUGCUUCAUUGGUCGGUGAUUAGGCGAAGUAGUCAAUUAACGGAUAAAUUAUUGAGAUUACUUUCACUUAUUUCAAUUGGAUUGAGUGAAGUUAAUCCUUAUAGAAGGCAGGACAGUACAAAAGCAAAGAAAGUUGAACCAAGUAAGGAACAAUGUGUCGCUGCACCAGAGGGUCAUAUUAAAUUGGCCGUCCAAGUUCUUACGAGUAAAAGUUGUUCCGAAGAAGGCCUCGAGGAUGCUACUGCAUUGCUUCUUAAUUUGUCGCAUUGUCCUGAUCCCACGCGGCAAUUGAUUUUAAAACUUCUCUUGGAAGGAGCAAUGGAAUUGGCAAAUAUGGUGUGCGAACAUAUCAAGGAACUGAUGAUAGAAUUAAAGGUUUUGAAUAGAGAAAUAAAUAGAAGGAAUUCCCUGGACGAACAACCAUCAACAAGUGGAGGAGGUCAACGUGGUCUGCUCCUUGAUAGGUUUACAAAUGAUAAUGUCGUUAUCACUGCACCAUCUAAAAUUAAAGCCGGAAGUGAUCUUCAACUUCCAUCGAUGGGUGCUCUCAUCAGUAAGACUUCUAGUCAAGCAUUCUUCCUUCGAAUAUUAAAAGUUAUUGUACAAAUCAGAGAGGCUGUACGUCUUGCUAACAAAAAGAAAACAGAAACAACGCCAAUUGCAGAGACAAAUAUGGAAACAGUUGAUAAUUUUUCCGAUACUGAAAGUAUGGAUACAUCACAAGCGAAUGCUUCGCAACCAGCUCCCACCGAAGAGAAAGCAACCACUUCAAAGAAAGUUGAAGAAGAAAAACCAGCACUUCCAUUAUUAAGUGAGAGUUUAGUAUUGGACAACUUGUGGGAAACACUCAGUGCCUGUUUACUUGAACUUGAACAUACUCCCGAUCAUCAUGCUGUUCUUGUUCUGCAGCCCGCUGUUGAAGCCUUUUUCUUAGUACAUUCGUCAUCCAGCAUUUCACGUGAUCGAAACAACGAAAAUACGACAGAAAAUCGUGACCGUGAAGCAGUGCCUGAUUUGGCACCUGUUUCGCCAAUUUAUUCUGACAGUGAAGGUACAGCACAGUCUGAAGUUGUUGCAAACACAUCCUGGGAUAUAAACCCACCACCACAAAAGACUUUACCUCCGGACCAACUGAAGUUCCUAAAAUUCGCAGAAACGCAUAGAACUGUAUUAAAUCAAAUUCUUCGACAAACAACGACUCAUUUGGCGGAUGGACCAUUUUCUGUGUUGGUGGAUCAUACGAGAGUUUUGGACUUUGAUGUUAAGAGGCGAUACUUCAGAACAGAAUUGGAAAGAAUGGACGAAGGAAUUCGUCGUGAGGAAUUGGCUGUUCACGUUCGCAGGAGUCAUGUUUUUGAAGAUUCAUUUAGAGAACUUCAUCGUCGUAAUGCUGAUGAAUGGAAAAAUCGAUUUUACAUUGUCUUCGAAGGCGAGGAAGGCCAAGACGCUGGUGGCUUAUUACGAGAAUGGUACGUGAUUAUUUCGAGGGAAAUUUUCAAUCCCAUGUACGCAUUAUUCACCGUCAGUCCUGGCGAUCGGGUCACGUAUAUGAUUAACUCAUCCUCUCAUUGCAAUCCCAAUCAUCUGUUUUAUUAUAAAUUUGUUGGAAGAGUGAUAGCGAAAGCAAUUUACGAUAAUAAAUUGCUUGAGUGUUAUUUCACUCGCAGUUUCUAUAAACACAUUCUUGGAAUUCUUGUGAAACACACAGAUAUGGAGAGCGAAGACUAUAGUUUUUACAAAGGCCUUGUAUAUCUCACAGAGCAUAAUAUUUCCGAUUUGGGUUAUGAAUUAACUUUCUCAGCAGAGGUAAAUGAAUUUGGUGUAAAUGAUGUACGAGAUUUAAUUCCUAAUGGUCGCAAUAUAGUUGUAACGGAAGAAACGAAAUUGGAGUACAUUCGUCUUGUUUGUCAAAUGAAAAUGACGGGAGCGAUUCGAAAGCAACUUAAUGCGUUUUUGGAAGGUUUCUACGACAUCAUUCCGAAAAGAUUGAUUUCCAUCUUUAACGAGCAAGAACUUGAACUUCUUAUUAGCGGUUUACCAAAUGUUGAUAUUGAAGAUUUGAAAUCCAACACCGAAUAUCACAAAUAUAGUCCCACUUCCUUGCAGAUUCAAUGGUUCUGGCGCGCAUUACGAGGCUUUGACCAAGCAGAUAGAGCGAAAUUUUUGCAAUUUGUUACUGGAACGUCUAAAGUUCCGCUCCAAGGUUUUGGCGCACUAGAAGGAAUGAAUGGCGUACAAAAGUUCCAAAUACAUCGAGAUGAUCGGUCAACCGAUAGAUUACCAUCAGCCCAUACCUGUUUCAAUCAAUUGGAUCUUCCUGUAUAUGAAACGUACGACAAAUUGCGAAGUAAUCUUUUGAAAGCAAUUCACGAAUGUAGCGAGGGAUUCGGAUUUGCAUAAAUUGUGAAUUUUCAACGUUAUGAGUUUUUUUUUUUUUUU